GAGAAGUGGAUGCCGGUAGCUGGGGGGGUGGGGUGUGCACGCGGCCGCGGGAUUGAAUGAAAGCGGAGGCAGAGCCUGAGCGCUCCCAAGGUCGGGGUGGGGAGGACUCACUGGGGGCUGCGCAGCGGGAUGGGUGAACCUGCUGUCCAAACCAGGCCUUCUCCUGCGACAAUCCACCUCAUCCGCAGCCCGGCUCUCUUUCCUAGACUGUACUCCGCUGCUGAUGCUGUCCUUUCUGCUGUUUCCUCUGGGCCUCCCAGUCCUGGGCGCCCCCCCACGCCUCAUCUGUGACAGCCGAGUCCUGGAGAGGUACAUCCUGGAGGCCAGGGAGGCCGAAAAUGCCACGAUGGGCUGUGCAGAAGGCUGCAGCUUCAGUGAGAAUAUCACUGUGCCAGACACCAAGGUUAACUUCUAUGCCUGGAAGAGGAUGGAGGUCCAGCAGCAGGCUCUGGAAGUCUGGCAGGGCCUGGCCCUGCUCUCAGAAGCUAUCCUGCGGGGCCAGGCCCUAUUGACCAACGCAUCCCAGCCAUGCGGGGCCCUGCGGCUGCACGUGGACAAAGCUGUCAGCGGCCUCCGCAGUCUCACCUCCCUGCUUCGGGCGCUGGGAGCCCAGAAAGAAGCCAUCUCCCUUCCAGAUGCAACCCCCUCCGCAGCCCCACUCCGAGCAUUCACUGUUGAUGCUUUGUCCAAGCUUUUCCGAAUCUACUCCAAUUUCCUGCGGGGAAAGCUGACUCUGUACACAGGGGAGGCCUGCAGGAGAGGGGACAGGUGACCUGGUGCUAUCACCCCGGGCACGUCCACCAUCUCGCUCACCAUCACUGCCUGCGCCAUGCCUUCCACGCCGCCACUCCCAACCCCUGUCGACGGGCCACCAGCUCAGUGCCAGCCUGUCCCACGGACACUCCAGGGCCAGCGGCAACAUCUCAGGGGCUAGAGGAACUGUCCAGAGUUCAACUCAGAUCUAAGGAUGUCACAGGGCCAGUCUGAGGCCCCAAAGCUGGAGGAAUUCAGAGUUCAACCUAAACUUGGGGGCAGCACCAUGCUGCGGAGACACUGAGACUCAUCUUGGCAUGCUGCCGAGCCGCAGUGCCGGGACCAGCUGGAGGAUGGAUACCUCCUUUUACAUGUACCAAGCAGGGACAGGAUGGACUGGAGAAUUUAGGGGGAAGACAUGAAUUCUCCGGGUCUCAUGGGGACUCCGUGACAGCAGAGUCCACUGGACAAGGAGGGUGGUGGGAGCCAUGAAGAUGGAAUGGGGGCUGGCCCCUGGUUCUCACUGGGUCCAAGUCUUGUGUAUUUUUCAACCUCACUGGCAAGAACUGAAACCACAACCUGGCUCUUGGUUUUUCCUAUUUUCCUGGGAGCCCCAUACUUCCCCGGGUCUGUCCCCAUCCUGGCAGUAGGUGGCAGGUCCGGGAAGCCAGAGGUGGAGGGGGUGGGGCGCUACGUGCUGCCUUGCAUGGCUUGUCUGACCUCUUGACCCCACUGGCCUGAGGCCACAAGUUCUGCCCACGCUUGUCAAUAAGGUGGCUCCAUUCAAGGCUAGUCCUUAGUAGGUAGCUGCCAACUGGCCCAGGAUAAGUCU